UCACUGUAGUUUAACCCAUAGAGUUUCCUACAGUAAUUUUGUAGGAAACUCUAUGGUUUAACCUUCUUGGCGCUGCCUAGCGCCGCCCAAGCCGCUCGUCGCACUUUGUCGGUGGAGUAUUGCUGGCCGUCUUUAUCCAGGUCUGUUUGCGCGUCUGGCAACGGCGUCAUAUAUUUGUUUAUUUUUCUAAGCACACCGCCGUAAAAUGUGUGCCGCCGGCCGUGCGUUGAAUGAGUUUCGCCCUGUGUAGCUAACGCGCGAUGAGUGCGUUAAUGACAGUAAACUAGUCUAAUUGUAAUACUACCAGGACACACAUACGUAGGAAAAGAUGGCGAUGCUGAAACGCUCGCACAACACUUGCCUCGUCAAGGGUCUCUUCGCUUCCUUGGCGGUGACGUGCCUUGUUGGCCUCUACUAUGGCUACCGGCUCAUGGUUUCCAACGAGGCCAAGUUCUCGUUUGGCCGGUCUGCGGGUGGUGAACCUCUGGUCGAGUCCGACGAAGGUGGCCCAGGCGGAUCCUCUGCUCCUGUGCACGUAGUGCUGGUAACAUCCAAUGCUGGUCUCGGUGGUGCUGUAGCAGCUAUGGUGAGCACAGUGCGUCACACCCGCCGGCCAACUUCCUCGCUGCACUUCCACGUGGUGACGGACAACGCCACCCAGUUUCAUCUACAUGCCUGGAUGCACCAGGCACAGCUCGCACAGUUCCAGUACGAGGUGCUCACGUUCCCGCAGACACCACUCGUUGCUCCCGAGCUUGCCAGCAUCCUGCAACUGCUGCACGCCAAGCUCUACCUUAGCCGGCUGCUGCCUUCACUGAGAGGUCCAGUCAUAGUGCUGGAUGAUGAUGUCAUCGUGCAAGGUGACAUAUCCGAGCUGGCCACCCUGCCCAUUCCUGAUGGCAGCGUAGGACUCUUCUCAAAAGACUGUGAUAGCGUGUCCAGGAGAUACAACACAGCAGGGAGCCGUUACCACCAGCUUCUAGACCUGAGCCGGCCAUCGCUACGUAACUUGGGUCUGGGGCCCAACGAGUGUGCAUUGAACCUGGGUGUGUUCGUGGCGCGGAUGGUCGACUGGGUACGGCACAAUGUCACCGAGAUGGCCGAGAACUGGAUCAGAGCAAAUCUCAGAGAGAAAAUCUUCAAGCGGGAGGGACCUCUGGGGCCCCUGCUACUGGCACUUCACAACAAGACCAGCGCCCUGGACCCCCAGUGGCACAUCCGCAAUCUAGGGGUAACACCAGGGAGCCAGUACUCACGCCUCUUUGUGACCAGUGCCAAGCUGUUGCAGUGGUCAGGUCGCUUUAAGCCCUGGAACGCCAGGUCACCGUACUCCGACAUCUGGCACCGGUACUUUGUACCAGAUCCCACAGGCCGCUUCCGGCCGGCCUCUCGAGUGGGGGCGGCCUCACCUGCAUCCAGCCAGCGUUCCCCGAGGCCAUCGGCUGCUCAGCCAGAUCCUCGGCUCAACCUGAUCUGAAAAACAGUAUGGCAACCCAGGCCAGUCUGCUAAUACUGGUUGUGUUGAGUGAAAAACUGCACAGCAGGUGACAGAGAGAAGAUGUAAGAAAGUAUCAGGACAAGCACUGCAGGAUUACCACAAGUUAAGACACUGUGCUUACAUGCAUGGUCCUAGGUGUGGAAAUGGCACAAUGAAAAGGCAAUGGACCAGAAACAAAAGAAAUGAACAAGACAAGUGCUUGCUUCCAACUGAACUUGUAUGUUAGGGAAAGUGAGAGCAAGUUUUGUAUUCUCUGGUUCUCUUUUCCCUGGCCACAAACUUCGUUGUGAGGCAACACCUGGCCCUGUUCAUUUCUUUGGUCUGCCAUCAUACGUUCCUUGGGGACAUUUUUUACACUUGUUCUCCUAGUUCUGGCAGUCGUGAGCAUGCCAGCCUUACUUCUAACUCUGCUGAAUGAAUCUCGGCUGUGAUUGUCUUCAGCUUGAAGGUAAACUUUCACAACAGCUUGAUCUAAGCUGAAGCUCAUCAGUCUUUCCACUUGGAACUCUUGAACUUGUCAUGGGCCAAACAUUUUGCAAGGGCCUCCAAGAGACUGCUGCUUUACACAGUGCAACCAAUGCCAAUAACAACAAUGACUGGUAAGAAGCACAUAGACCUGAAGAUUCUGCUUUGCAGGGCCAUGAUUAUUUAUUUCAAUCUUUACUUUUCAACAGUUUAUCUAGGUCGAACUACUACCAUCAUUUUCACAACUGGUAAUAGUUAUGCGCACCAUUAGAGCAAACUGUUGUUAUCUGUUGAACGUCUCUGAGCAUAAAACACCUGCAAGGCUCGUUAAUGAUACAAGACACUAAUUACAGAAGUCAACCAUUAAAACGAUGUUUUAAGCUCAGCCUAGAAGGCACUGAGUACGUCACUGUGGAUCCAGUGCCAUUGUUUCGUGCAUCAUUCACAACGGUGGCUCGCUUUUGUAUCCUGCGCUCCUUCUCUGUCUUAGCACUUGAGCUGCACUCAAAGCCGUACUUUCAUGACCAUGCAGAGCAAUAUUGCUGGGCCUAGCCAAACAUUGUACUGACCUUUGGUAUCUGCAUAGCCUCUAUGGUUGGUCGGAUCUAGGAGGGCAUGCAGCAUUUUCACAGCAGUGUCAUUCUGUACCACCAGAUGGUGCCACUGCCACACAAGUGGUGAGAUUUGUCAACUCUUGCUUCUCAAUUGGUCAUAAAUGUGCAGAAGAAAAGCAUUUGCAAAAUGUAUGUGUGAAAUGAGCAUACGCACCCAGAAGGAAGAGUCACAUUGGGAUGAAACAUAGCAAAAAUUGCAAUGGUUACAAGAUGUACUGGCAAACUAUUAUAAAGUUCUGGAUACAUUGGGGAAGCCGCAAGCGAUGAUUACUCUUACUACAGUCAGCGACCAAUAAUUCAGACUCAGUAGAGGUCAGAAUAAUCGAGAGUUCGAAAUAUCAGAUUCACCAGAAAACAAUUGACAAUCCAGAAGUGACCAAAAAUGGUAUGCCAUAUUUUUGUACCAUGACUUUUGGAAAUGCUUGCACUUUUUCAUGAUUUUCAUCAGAUGCAUUGGCAUCAACGAGCCACGGCAUUCUUACUACAGUGCCCAGGAACACUGUCGUUCGUCGACACGUCUGAAGCUGCUCACGCAAAAUGUUGGAAAAGGGAAAGUAUCUUCGAAAUAAUCGUCUCAGAAUAAAGCCCAGGUUUGACAAUGCAUUGCUGCGUGGAAAUGAGCUCACGUAUGCUUGCCAGCAACCUGGUUCGUUUGUAUCUCGACCAUUGUUAUGCUGUCAGUACAGAUAGGCAAAAGACAGUCAAUGCAUGCACUGAAUCUUCAUCCCCUGGCGGCAAUACAGAAGUCAACCGUGCUGUGAUAGGUAAAUUAUUGCAGGUUUUUUUCGCAGCAGUCAUUCUCUAGCCCUUGUCAGUACAGACAUUGAGGAUAGAGUUGACACUGCUUGAAACAGCUUGAAGAAGUCGCCGGAACUGUGUAGCUAUUUAACAUGCGAGUGAAUAAACGCUGGGUGCACGCAGCUAUCACCAGCAGAACUUGCGUGACCAUUAAGCUUGCCAAGCUUGGCUUGUCUUGUUCUGCAAUUUGGCUUGUCCUGCAAAGCCUAGUUGGUGCUGGACCAACCAGGCUUUGCUAGUUUCAGUAUCAGGGAGACCCCAACAACAUGGCCAACAACCGUGCCACGGCGAUGCCGGCGACACAUCAAAGCCAGAAUAUCGCUAUUUCAAUUUAGCAUGCAGCCAUACAGGCGGUGUUCAGAAUAUUAAAUGGCCCGCCAUUAAGGUGUCCAAAAUUUCUGUCGUUCUUAUACAUUUAAGUCUAUGGAGCCAGUUGUGGUGCCUCAAGGCAGUCCGAAUAGUCAAGCACAUCUUGAGUUUUCAGUGUCUGAAUUUUCGGUUGAUGACUGCAAAUGAUGCCUACUGGAACCACCGGAAGUUGUUUUGUUUUGCGUGGUUGUCAAUCUAAUGUGUGUUUUUUUGCAUUUUUAGUUGUCAUCGGUGUCAGUGAAACCACACACUGUUGCUUAGUAAAAAGUCACCUACAGUAGGUCAUGACCAGAUUGCACUUCCCUCCGUCCCCCCCCCUCCUUCAGCAACAGUGCAGGGGGAAAUGCAGUCAAACCUGACACAGAAGUAGCUUCGUUAUAUCCAAUAUUUGUUAUAAGCAUAUGUAAAUUACACAGUAAUAGUGGUAUGACAAUUCUUGUUUACUGCGUUAUAUUCCUGUUCAUUAUAUCAAGGUUUGACUGUAGCAUCCAAAGGAUGAGAAAAUUUAGCAUCAGCUCUGAGCUGCCUCAUGGCUUUCUCAUUGCGGAAAAAAAAACAAGUAGGGAAGCCAUGUGCAAGCGUUUUGUUUUUAGGCCCUGUGCAAUUCUUAACAGCACAACAAAUCUCUUUAUGUGUAACUGUCUUGCACGACCUCUGAAGUGGCGGUGUUUUACUGUUGCUACAGCAUGAUGCAUCGUAAUCUUGGAGACCAUGCUUUUGGCAUACUGCAAUGUUCUCACUUGCCUUUAUAGAAGUGGAACAUGCUGUUCACAAGCUGAAAUGCAUUAGGAUGGCUGAGUUUGUUAUGCUUUGAAUUUAAAGUGUCACUGAUGUCAGUGGUUGAGAACAGGCUUCAAAACACCCCAUGAAAUUGGCUUAUUAGGAUAACAGUAUGAGACGACAGGCUCCAGGAACUGUUGGUGCCACAGCAUCUGGUGAAUUUUGUAUGGUACUACCCCUCCAGGAUAAACAAAUAUGCAUGGAAUGCUUCGAGUCAAAUGCCAGCACAGCCUGUUUCGUGUGCCAGCUCUGCCUUCCUCUUAUAGUCUGACAUUUAUUCAUGCUGACCUGCAGUUUCAUACAGAAGGAUUUGUUAUUGGUUCUGGACACAUGCUGUGUUGUCUGUGUGCCUCUGCUUUAAAUAUUAGUCCACUAUGGGCUGCUUUAGACAUGCUGCUUUAGUACAAGAUUUUUCUUUUCUAAAUAAGAUCGUGCUUCUGAUUUUGUUAAGCAGCAUCCAAAACGCACAGCAGUUUAGUUGUACCAUAGUGAGCAAAUGUUUGGAAACCACAGGAACUGAAAAAUUUUUAAUUUUUCUGACGUGACCGUGCAGCCUGAAAUUCUGUUUUCUAUCACAAAGGUAAAAGAAAAAUGGGAAGCCUGAAAUUCCAGCAUCUGUGGGAGACAGGCACACCUGCAGUGUGCCACUCCAUUUCAAGCUGUAAGUGUGGGAUAGUAAUUGAAUUUCUUUCAUGGCAUCCAUGGUGUCAGAAGGUAUGCUGGCAUUUCUACGUGAAUGUACACCUACCAGCCUUUGUGUCACUGGCAGAGUGCUUAGAAAGAGAUAGAGAGAGAACUUUAUUUACAGAAAGGCAGAGAGGUCAGGCAGAGUGCUUAGUCACGUAUGUAUUGUCACAGGACAUGUAUGGCGCAAGUAUUAACAGCCAUUGAAAUCUUCUCUUUGAGAGAAGCUGAAAUGGAGUGUAGGAGGUGCAUGGGGUGCUUCGAGUCAAAUGUCAGCACAACCUAUUUCGUUUGCCUGAUCACACAUCCUAGAAAAUUUCUUUGUUGCACGCUUAAAUAUUUCAUUAUGGUUACGGGUGAAGGUCAGCAUACUCUAUACCUCUCUAUGCAUUUAGUAGUACCAAGUGAGCAAAUUGGCCCUUGCAUGUAGCAUUGACUUAUCAAUGUGCUACUGGAUCAUUUUGGCAAGUCCUUCAGUGUAUUGUGCAGUAUGUGUGGCACUUCUCUGGAAGACCAUGACAGAGGCGUGUGCAGAACCUCGUCAUGGCUUAUUGCUGUCAUUGUAGGAGUGUUUGCAGAGCAUAGGGAGUGUGAUGGUCUACUUAUGAGAUUAUUACUUAUUUAUUUUUUUUCGAAUGGGCAUGAGCAUAUUUUUGUACUGUACACAGCGUGCCUCCUCACAUCUCUGCCUGCUGUAUGUGCACAAUGAGUCAAGGCAGAAAAAUUGCAGUUUGUUGUUUAUGAGCAGACGACACUUGACAACCAUCGUAACCUUGUUCGUCUUGUGAGUUUUUAUUUUGCCUCCCCCGAUGCCUUGUCUCAGUUUCUCAAGUUAGGCAGUGCCACUUAUUCUGUUGGGGAUCGUCGUUUUGCCUUGCUUACUUGCCUAAGGUACCAUGCUGUCACCUGUUUUAGAUCUCUACUCAAAUGCUUCAGUGUUGACGCAAGGCAGAUAAGAAUGGUCUAUCCUAUGUGGUCAGAGCAUAGGCCGCUGCGAUCAUAGUGGUCUUUACUUCUAUGCCCCGUAAACAUUUCCCUUACCUUUAGUCUGAUGUAUCUGAAAAUAUCUCAUCUGCCUCUUUUGUACCUCAUCUCACUGUAUAGUCAGUUCUGUUAUCAGUAGGUGUGCACUUCUCAAUUUUUUGAAAAAUCUAUCACAACUGAAGCAUUUAGUAAAAAGAUGGUUGCAACGCAUGCUAAUGAUGCAUACUGUUUAUGCCACAUGAACCACAAACAGCAUAAGCGAGAAAGAUUUUCACUUUUUUGUAUUGCUGAAUGCCAUUGUCUGUCUGUCUGAAUGUGCGCAAGGUACGUGUUAGGCCUAGUUUCGACAUCUUCGAAGCAACAGCUUAUGAAAGCGAGAGAAGGCAAAAGACAAGUGUGGCGCUUGCCUUUGUUUUUCCCAUCUGUCCUGUCUUGUAGUGCUGAUACUUGCCUCUAGGACGAUUGCAAGGCAUGCAGUAAAUGUUGUUCUAGCACCUACCAUUGUGAGCCAGUUGGCCAUGGCAUUCUGCAGCACAUGAGAAGGUGGGUUUGAUUCCAAUCAAAGGCGACUGCACUAAGGUAAAAAAUGCUUGUGUGGCACACUUUGGGCACUUGUUAAAGAACCCCUUGCUAUGAAAACUAAUUCGGAGCCCUCCAGUGCGGCAUCUUUCGUAGCCUCGUGUUGCUUUGCUGUGCUAAUCCCCAUCUAUCAAUCAACGUGUCAGCACAGGCUAAAUCUGAACAUUUAUGAACUGCACCUCUUUGGAGCAGGAUAUUGUUCCUUCUCUGUGUUCAAUCUCUGGCUGUUUCUCCGUUUACUUGUUUGCAAGGGUGCGUGCAACAAAUGAUGUUUGGUUGUAUUGUUUCCUAGAUAUAGAGCAGCGUUUAAUGCAGCAUAAUGUACCUUGCGAUGACUUUUGCAAUCAGUGUGCACUGUUUUUGCUUGUUAAUGCCACUGGUUAUUGUUUCCUAUUCUACCUCUGUUGCUAGAUCUCAGUCUCAAGCCACUUGGUCCCUUUGCCUUGUAUAUUAAGUAUUACCUCUGCACCGUGUUUUUUUAAAUCAGCUGUGAUAUAAAUGCAGCCUUAUGCUCUCACUGUCUUGGAAGUUGGCUCUACAAGGUUGAGUAUUACGCUGUUUCUCAAGCAUUGUCUGUAUCCUGUUCUUUUUUUUACACAAUAUAUGGUGAUACAAAUGUCUUAAAAUAUUGUGUUUACACAAGUAUAAUGUUACCUUCUUGUACAAAAUUUCAAGUUUGAGCAAGUACCUUGCACUAUUAUAUUCAGACCCAUGCUCCACACACUUACUUGAGGUUUCUCCACAAUUUUGUACCAAGCUCAGCCAUUAGGCACUAGCCCAUUGUGGGAAAGCACAUGUCAGCAAGGGAAUAUGUGUGUGACAGAAGUGUCUUGUCACCCUCUUUAAGCUUCAACCACACAAAAAAAAAUUUUUUUUCAACGCAUUUUCGAUGUGGCAUAGCAGCAUCUAUUAUCUUAUCCUGUGUCAUGACAACACUACAAUGAUAAGUGAUUCCCGCAUGCAUUCGAGUACGCAGUGGAAACGUCAUAGUACAUGAUAGCAAGAAUAUUGUGCAAUUCAGAACAGACACCUCAACACCAGGCCAGGCAAUGCCAUGUCAAAAAUAUGUUGCAAAUAUGCACCUUGUGUUUGCUACUUUGUUUUGCAGUGCACGCCCUUGCACUCUCACCUGCACCGAGCAUCUGGGCUGUCAGAGCUGCAUCAUUGCAUUGCCCGUGCAAGCCAUGGCACAAGCAGUCCCUCUGUGCCAAAGCGUGGGCAUGCAUUGUGAGCCCUUGACUACGGUUGCACUACGCAUCUUUAGUUCACAUUGUACUUGCAUUAUUUCAUUUCUUGUUCGUCAAAAGCCCUGUUACAUUUAUGCAGAUGUGGUAAUAUGCUCUUGCUUUUACAACACUGACAUUGCCUGUGUAUGUGAGUGAGGGCUGGAAUAAUUUGAAUGAGAUGGCUGUCAUUGCCUUUCUGGGCAAGAACUUUUGAACAAGGCUUCAAAGUGUUGCACACUUUAAGAGUGUCUUGCGUGUUAGCAAUUGUCCACUCCCAAUGCCUCAAAAAACAAAGAAAGUAACAACAACACCCCAUUUCAGUGCAAGCUUUGUGCACCUAGUGUACAGCUCAACCUUGCCCGUGGCUUUAAAUAUUCUGUUCCUGUUAUUGAUCUGCUUGCUCGUAGCAUUGCAAGGUUCAACAUUUUUGUACUUCCUUCCCCUACGUCAGCACCAUGUCAGCUUGUUCAUGGUUACCACCUAGGGCACAAAUUCCUGCAACUGCUUUUAGGUGUCAAAGGCUGCAUCUCCUACGGCAAAAUAUUGCUAACUACUCCUUCAAUGACUGGCGUCGGUGUAAGGCCUUGUUCUGGCGAUGGUGCCUGUCCUGCAUGGACUCUGUAAUUUCCUAAAGUACCAGAACUGACCAGUCUCUACUAGGCUUUGUAGGCUGUAUUCUAGUCCGAGCAGACUCCCUACAGUGCUCUUGAAAUACCAGAGCAGGCCAGCCUCCACAACUGCAGCUCAGCCAGAGAGCAUCGAGCUAGGCUCAGUUGCAGCUACAGCACACUGUACUUGUUGGCACAGGCGGCACAUCUUGUCGUGAGCCCCAUUUCCUUGAGACUCAGUUAUAAGGAGAAGUGCUGCUUGCAUCACUGGUGCUUCAUCUCACUGUUUUGAAACAUGCGAUCUUUCAGUUUCACUAAUGUUUAUGCAGAUAUUACAUAUGUCAAAUAGUUGUGCAGUCCUCUGAUUCUGGCAAAUGAAGCACCUACAGUUUCAAGUACACUAAUUUUUCAGUUGCUUCAACAAAGCACAACUUGUGAUCAAGGGGUGCUUGUCUGAUGAAACCUGUCGUUAAGUAGCACCUAUGAUGGGGACAUGAACCCUUGUGCCAUGUCCUGAUUCUUGGAACCUUUGAGGUAUUGCGAAUGAAUAUGCAUAUCCAUUGUUUUGUUGUUGCACGGAACACAGGCCAGCUCUAACUACUCAGCAAAGGGAUCUAGCCCAGGAGCUAUGUGAACAUGCAGCUGUUUCUCUUUUUUUUUUUUAGUUUGAAUUGUGUGUGUGUGUGUGUGUGUGUGUCAUCAUCACACAUUACUGGAAGAAUGGUUCUGUAAACUUGUAUCCCUCUCUCAAUGGCAACAAAUUAAUGGUUACUGCUAAAGUGCAGUAUGCAGAUUAUGAGAUAUUUUCUUGGCUGCAAACAUGAUAAAAGAGCCUAACUUUCUGGAAGAAUUGAUGAAAUUACACACUACUAUCUUAGAAUAUGGUUGUUCAACAACACUCGGUGAGGUUUGGAGGUUGUAAGAAGUCUGCACCCUCCUUUCUUAUAUGGUUGUGCAGUGAACUAUGCACAGUCUAGAAUUGUGUCCAAGACUACCAAGGCAUACUCCUUGGGGGUUUGGGGUUUUAGUUUAUGCUUGUUUCAUUACCACGUCUACUGGCAUUACACAGUGUUAUUUCAUUGCAACAUUGUGUUAUGCCUUUUCUUCACUGGCCUAUCUGCCACAGUGAAUUUAUUGCAAUUGCAGCAAUGUGAGCACCCCUGCGUGCGGAGCUGUGCAUGUUGCAAAAGUAUUGCAAUGGCAUAGCGUUGAAUCUCACGGUUCUAAGCUGAGUGUAAUGAUCUGUUGACAUGUUGUGACUCGACCUGUCUGUGGGUGUGCAUGUUUGUUUGGUUGUAUUUAGUGGUGUCAUUUCUGGCCCUAGUGAGGUGGUCAUUUCUGGUGUUCUGUUUGUGAUGCGGUGCCUCCGUAGACUGUUGCAUCGUCCAAUGCUUCCUGAUUUUGCUGUAUUUAUUGUAACUUAUUUGAACAGAAGUCUACAAAUAAACUGUGUGUAAACUUUUCACUGCA